UCUCCCCAUCUCCGAUUCCCAAAUCCUGAGAUCCAUCUCCCUCCCUCCAUCCCAUGGCGGCGUCGGCGCCGACGGGCUGCUUCAAGUGCGGCCGCCCCGGCCACUGGUCCCGGGACUGCCCCUCCGCCCCGCCGUCCUCCUCCACCAACCCCAACCCCAACCCCAACCCCGCCGCCGGCGCCGGCGCCGCCCGCUUCGCCCCCUACAAGCCGAGACAGUUCUCCAAACCCGCGGCGGCUGCGGCGGCGGCUCCGGCUGAGGUCGAGGAGGCACCGCAGGAUGGUGCUAAGAAGAAGAAGGAGAGGACGACGCGGCCCAAGCUCACACCGGACCUCCUCCUCUCCGACGACGGCCUGGGCUUCGUCCUCCGCUACUUCCCCAAGGCGUUCAAGCCCCGCGCCCGGCCCGGAUCCGAGGUGGAAGACCUUGGCAAUCUGAUCAAGCUUUACGCGGACUGGCACUCUCGCUUGAUCCCUUACUACUCCUUCGAUCAGUUUGUGCGCAAAGCUGAGAAAGUUGGGGCCAGUAGCCGUGUUAGGAGAUGCAUUUCGGAAUUGAAGGAAAGGGUUGCCAGAGGGGGGGAUCCUACACUACUGCAUCAACCGCCAGUGGAAGAAGUCAUACCAGAGGGAGAACCUGAUGGAACCACACAAGAAGACCCAAUCCUGGGGACAGAACCUCCGUCGACGGACAAUCAUGAGGAUGUGGACCCAUUUGCGAUGGAAAGUGAUGACGUGGAUCCCAUGCAAGAGGAUUUGCUAAAUGAAAUAUAUGAAAAGACAGCCGAUGAACCUGUAAUAAGAUCUGGCGUUGAAAGCGCUGAACAACCCGUGGCUCCAAAAGAGGCAGAGAAGCAUCAAGAUGGAGAGGAGAGUGGCGGGAGCAAGCCAAGCAAAGUUGAGCUGACGGAGGAGCAGAAGGCGCGCAUGGAGGCUAACAGGCUCAAGGCGCUGGAGAGAGCGGCAGCAGCUCGGGCUCGCGCAUCCCAGUCGCAGCCUACUACUGAAACCACUACCUAAAAGCGUUCAGGGUUUUGAAUCACUCCGCCUUGGAUGUUAAACUGUGUAAGAAGCAUAGGUGGUGUGUUUCCUUCAAGGGCCAAGGUGGUGUUCGUUGAAGUUGAGGUGGAAAACCCAGAAAACAUUUUACUUCCGCCGGUGUGGAAGUCGGUAAUCUGUUUGCCAGAAGAGUUGGAGUAUAUUGCUGUGCUGGUGGCGGUGGACAAGCUACACAAGAGAUUUUGGCCAAACAUGCACUAGCUGUUUGCUCGCAAUUUCCCAUGUGUCCUUACGCAUCUGUUAUGGCUCCUGAUUGCAGCCCUGGGACAUGCAGCAGGAAUUUAUGUAUGCAUACUUAGAUGUUACUCGUACUAUUUGGUUUGUUCAUCU